CUGCUGCAAAAGCGAGCUUAGAAGUUUCUCUAAAUAAGACUCUGUCUUCAUUUUUUCCUACCUCUAUGGUCUAUGAAUAUAGAAGUCGUCGUCGUAGUAGUAGAUAGAACGCUUGAAGGAAGAGGGGAGGAGGGGAAAAAGCGCUCUCAGAAGGCAUAUUUGUUCAGGGAACUAUACGCGAAACGCGGCCUCCACCAUUUUGGUGUAGGGUGGAAAGGUCCUAUGGAUAAGAUUUGAAAAAUGUUGACAAGGACUUGGUCCCGGAGUGACUGAGGUAAAAGACGCGAUGCCGCUGGUUGUGCUGUGCGGGCUGCCGGGGAGCGGCAAGACUCGGCGCGCUGAAGAACUGAGGACGGCGCUGAGCGCUGAGGAAGGAGGAGAGCGGCGAGUUUUCGUAGUGGCCGAGGCGAACGUGGCCGGUGGUGGAGGAGGAGGAGACGGCGGCAAGAGGGCUGCCUUGAGGACGGAGGCUGAGCGGCUGCUGAGCCGGCGGGACGUGGUGAUUGUGGACGCGGGCAGCGAGCUGAAGAGCUUCCGCUACGAGCUCUACUGCCUCAGCAAGCACGCGGGGACGCCGCACUGCUUGGUCCUUUGCCUCGGAGGCGCCGCCCGCCCGGACCGCCCUCCUUUGGAGCCGCCGGACUCGCGCAACCGCUGGGACUGUCCUCUCUUCACGGCACCCGAGGACCUCGCCCAGCCGCUGCCCUUGCUGGAGAUCCGCGCCUCCCUCUUCGAACGCCGCCCGCCUCCGCCCAACCAGUCCACACGUUCCCAGCCCCUCCAGGCCGCCGGCUUCCUCCACCAACUCGACCGCCUUACCCAGGACGUGCUGGCCGCCCUCAUGGCUGCUCAGAGGAACGGGGCCCAACCAGGGCAGUUCAUCCCGGUGGCGGUGGACGGCCUGCUGGGCCAAGGAGGAGAGCCUCAGGGGCUGCAACUGAGCAGGCCCAUCAGCCUGGCUGAACUGAGCCGGCUUCGGAGGCAGUUCCUCAGCUAUGCCAAGAUGCACCCGGGAGAAGGAGAGGAGAAUCUGCCUCAGCUGGGCAGUAUGUUCUUGCAGUACCUGAGCCGCAACCUCCAGUGAGGGGAUGGAAGUCACCGAUCUCAAAGUGAAGGCCCAGGGACUUGGCACACUUAAUGUUUUGGGCAGUUGCCUGUUACGCACAUGAAAGGAGUGAGCCACAUAGCCCACAGGCCUGAAAGGGCCCUCCAGGGGAGGUGUCUGCUACUGGAAGUUUGACACAAGGUCUUUUCUAUCUAAACCUAGGAAUCCAGUUACUGCAUACCAUUUGAAUGGUGUGAAUGGCUUUGGAAACAGUUCUAGCAAAAGGAUGGUAUAGAAAUAUUUUUAAAUUAAAAAUCUUUUUCCUCUGCAUUUGUUAUGUGCCUUCAAGUCGAUUACGACCCUAUGAAUCCGCGACCUCCAAUAGCAACUGUUAUAAACCACCCUGUUCAGAUCUUGUAAGUUCAGGUCUGUGGCUUCCUUUAUGGAAUCAAUCCAUCCCUUGUUUGGCCUUCCUCUUUUUCUACUCCCUUCUGGUUUUCCCAGCAUUGUUGUCUUUUCUAGUGAAUCAUGUCUUCUCAUUAUGUAUCCAAAUUACGAUAACCUCACGCCCCUGCAUAGCAUACAUCUAUUUGUAUUUUAAGGUGCCAUGUUCAUGAUUGUACUUUUAUUCUGCCCCCUCCUUACAAGGAGUUCAGGGGAGCGCCCAUGGCCUGUGUACAACCCUGCAAGGUGGGUUAGGCUGAGAAAUAGUAACUGGUCUUAAGUUACCCAGUGUGGCUGACUGAGCAAGUCCAACACUUGAACCCAGUGGUGUGGAAGUUGUUGUUAGAGGCUAACUCACAUAGCCCCAGCCUGUGGUCAGGGAUGACAGGAAUUGUAGCUGACCCGGGGUGUUGCUAAGCACUUAAAGGAUUUGGGGCACAGGCCCAUGUCAAAUAUGCACGCUUAUUAAUAGAUGACUCUGGGUGAAAUGGAUGGUUGAAAAGUGCCAUUAGCCUUACUCUUGCACAACAAUUUACAGUUCAGGAACCCUGUCUUCAUUUGCAUCUGCUUAUCCUGUGUUAAGUACAUUAACCCACAGUCAGUGACAACUUGGGGCUGUUUCAGACAUCCCAUGGGCAUGGGAUCUGCUCAUUCUUUUAUGUAGUCAGGCCAGAUUCUGUUGUGCUUUUGAUAAAAGUAAUCGUGUGAGUUUCUUCAUCACUGACACAAACCCACGGCAGCCCUUUAACAUGGACUGUGUAUCACAGGACUAUAAGUUUUUGGUGUACAACUUUUGCUGUUUGUGAUUGGACAACUACUAUUGCCUGAUUCUUUUCCAAUAGUAACACAGAAAGGACGGACCCCCUCAUUGGCCAGCAUGUGCCUGCUUGUGCUCCAGGACCGCUUGUCUCACUUGUUCAUGUGCUGGUGCAGGCCCUGCUGCUGCCCUGUGCCAUCCCCUUGGGAAACACUGUCACUGUGCAGCAUGCCUAAGCUGCUACAGGCCCCUGCCAGUGUCUCCCUCGAGAAGACAUUUGGUACCUGUGGGAGAUCAUACUUAUACUGCUUUUAUAGACUUGCUGUUUGUAUCUUAACUUAAAAUUCCUUUUAUGAUGUUUUGUAUUUUAUUGUUGCAAGCUGCCCUGAUAAUGUAUUUGAGGGGUUGGAUAUAAAUCUAGUAAUAAUAAAAACCUUUCACUAAGUAACAAGGGACGUUCUCCUCUGAGUUGCUUUGAAAUGAAUGGGAAUGAAGUGCUCUUAAGGUAUCACUUAUAUCAGACACAGUUUAUUAUACCAAAGAGAUGCAUCAGUGCCUGUAGUGCAAAAGGGA